GUUCAGUCGAUGAUCGCCAUCGCAGAGCGAGGAUCUGUUUGCUCUGCUGUGUGUCCUCCGUGUCCAGCUCUUCCAGAGUCAGCGACUGCGAAGGCAGCGACUCUUAACGAAAUCGCCUCUCAGCAGAUGCGUCGGCUCAGAGCUGUAACGGCGGGCACUCAAUUCGCGCAGGCCUGUGGCCUCCGUAUUGCCUGUCACGUCGCUCAGGUCGAAACGGUUUGGACAGCCUGGCACGAUGCGAAUUAACACCAAUUCAGCAUCUGACCACUACCGCCGGGAGAUCGGCAAAGCUGUUGGCACCGUCAAGGCGCUACUCUGGGACUAUAGUGCCCUCGUUCACAAAGCAGGCGGCUGGGGAAUGUUCUCCCAUCGCGUGCUCUUACGAGUAACAGGCGGCCGCGAUCUGCCUCGCGAAGAAAACAAGACCGCCUGCAUCUUGUCGCCUAGCCCGUCCUAUGGUCAGAACCGACGCCGGCACCCUUACCAGGAACCAGAACACAGCAGCAGCAGCAGCAGCAGCGUCAAGGGAGUCAAACAGGGUAGCGACAAGAGGAAGAACAAGGGAGACAAGAACAACAGCAAAGGCGGCAAAGGUGACAAGGGUAAGCCGGAAGUAACCAAAGGAGACAGCGGCAAGGACGCAGCGCACAAAGGCGACGGGGGUAGGCUAGGCUCCGAC